UUGAAGUUUACGUAGUAAACGCAGUUUAUGCAAAAUUAGAAAUCCCAUUCUACUUUCGCUUUAGUAUUUACAUUCCGCACUUCCGGUAUUUUCUUUAUCACGUGACCAAAUCAGCAUCCCGAUUCCGAAAAGUCGAACCCGUACCGCAUCAGCAGCUAAUUAAUAUUCAUGCGCCUUCUGUUUACAAACAAGAUAACUGAUCGAUUGACAACAUUAUUAUAUUUAUUAACGUUUUAAAAACUUACGAAUUCGGAGAUGAUAUAUUGAAGAAUAUACAAAUUCGUGCCGUUAUUGUGUUCCGAUUUGUGACUUUGUCGCCGUUUUUAAAAACGUUAUAUUGUGCGAAAGAAAAUUGUGUUUGACUCGGAAAGAUUAACAAAGAAAUAUGGCGUCUCGUUCUUCGAGGUCGGAACGACGCAAUUACGAUAUGACGAACCCGGAGAAUUGGGGAGCUAAAGAAUAUCGGGAGGAACUACAAAAAAUUGGAAUCAAAGCCCCGGUUUCGCUCACAAAGGCUGCCUUGAAGGCACUUUACAAAGAAAACAGUGUCAGGAAUUCGGACAAUGACAAUGCCCAAAUAAAUAUCAGAUCGGAGGAAAGGCUUCGAUCCAGAUCGCCGAUUAUGAGGCAGCUAAACGACACAUCGACUAUAAGCAGUCAAGGCGCAAACAACUCUCAAAUUGACAUAGGAUUGUGUUUGUCAACACUUAGCAACACGAUGUCGGCAUUUACCGAGACGAUGAAACGCCUGAAUGAAAAAGGAAAUAGUUCAGGCUCAACAGACACGUCCACGACUUCGACUGACAGCCCCACUUUGGAGGACAUCUACCGAGGUAUUAGCCCUGAUUUUUCUUCUGUAUUCAAUUCGUGUGAUAUUGACAGUUUAAGGCUUCGCGCCUCAGAGAACCGAAAUGGCAUCCCUGCCAGUCAGCUAGGACACCUCGAUAUCGUGUCAGACUCGCUGCGCAAACAGAUCGAAGCUGGUAGAGACGUAAAUUUGGCAGCUCUCUUGAUCCCAGGUUUUGAUAUGAACAAUGAUGCCUUCAAAAAUGACUUUAGGCUAAAGAAAAGGCUGACCAUUGAACAAUUUAGGACUGCUUUCGGUAAAUACAAGCGAGUCAUGUGCAGAAAGUGGCCGCAUAGGAAAAACGAGCUCGAUGAAUACGAGAUUGACAUAGGCCGUAUUCACGCCUUUUACGGAGAAAAGUUCUAUGACUACCACCUCGCCUUUUCAAGCAAGGCUGCGGAAGCUGUGAGAAAUGGUAUACCGGUCAACUGGGCUAUGCGCGACACGGAAAACUUUCAACUGAUACUAGGCGGUACUAGAGCCAGGCAGUGCCAACACUGCCACUCAGUAUUACAUGAAUCUGAAUUCUGUGCAAACGCUUUAACCCAAGCAGUCCGCUCAAAUCAGUAUGCAAAAACCAGUGGAGAUUCUUCGGACAAAUUUGGUCGAAAAAUUAUCAUGCAUAAAGGGACCGAAAUUUGUAACAAUUUCAACAACGAAAAAGGCUGUUCCAGAAGAGGUUGUCCUAGACUUCAUAUUUGUCUAAACUGCAAGUCAGAAAGUCACAAGAAGAUCUCCUGUGGACAAUCUCAAACAGACAACACAAGAAAACACACAACACCAUCAACACGUUCUCAAAAAUCAGAGUGACUAUCUUUCAACGCGUCUACGCCAAUUAAUAUAGACAAUUUAAGAGCAGAAUUAGUAGAACACCCCGAUCGCCUUUUUGUUAGUUACUUGUGCGACGGCCUGCAAAAAGGUUUCGAUACUCUGAUAUGGCCUUAUCCAAACGACCAAAAAGUGUGUAAAAAUUUACAAUCUGCCUUAAAACAACCUGAUGAAGUGGACAAAUUGUUGAGGCUAGAACUUGAUAAUGGGUUUUUACAAGGCCCGUUUGAGACUCCUCCUUUCGAACACUAUAGGGUUUCACCUUUAGGUAUAGCGGAGAGAAAAUAUUCCGGUAAAAAACGUUUAAUUGUGGACUUGUCUUCGCCCCGUAAUGAUACGAAUCAUUCGAGCAUUAACGAUUUAAUAGAUAAAGAUCUGUGCAGCCUUUCAUACGUUAAAAUAGACGAUGCUAUAGCCGCUAUUAGAGAAACCGGAAAAGGCGCUAUCCUUUGCAAAACAGACAUAUCAAAUGCUUUUAAGUUACUACCUAUUAAACCUGAACAGAUGCCAUACUUCAUGGUGCGAUGGAAAGACAAAUUUUAUGUGUUCACGCGCUUAGUAUUCGGGAGUCGAUCAUCGCCAAAAAUAUUUGACAACCUAUCGUUGGCAAUUUGUUGGAUCGCAAAGAACAAUUACAAAAUUGACUUGAUUUUCCAUCUGCUUGAUGACUUUCUGACGGUGCAACAUGCAGAUUCCGAUGGCGAUAGAACGAUGGCUCUACUGACACAUAUAUUUAAUAGACUUAAGGUACCAAUAUCUCCUUCUAAAACAGUAGGUCCCACCACCUGCUUGGAGUAUCUAGGUGUCAUUUUGGACUCGUUGAGUAUGGAGGCUAGAUUACCGCGCGAUAAAGUAGAAAGAAUUAUAGAAUUCAUACAAUUCAUGUUAAAUAAAAAAUCGUGCACAAAAAGACAACUACUUCAGCUAUUAGGUCACUUUCAGUUUGCAUCACGAGUGAUUAUGCCGGGACGUAGUUUCGUGUCAUAUUUGAUUAAACUGUCAACAACAGUUAAGGACCUACACCACUUUGUCCACUUGAACAAGAGCUGCAGAGAAGACCUUCUCAUGUGGUUAAAAUUUCUCGAGAACUGGAACGGUGUAUCCAUGUUCUAUGACGAAAAAACAACAUCAGCAGACGAUUUACAAUUGUACACGGAUGCAAGCUCUACGCUAGGAUUUGCAGCUUUCUUCCAGAAUAGCUGGUUCUGUAGUUCUUGGCCUGUCAAAAUUCCAAGUGAUGCCUCAAUGGCUUUCCGCGAACUCUAUCCGAUAGUUGCCGCAGCAGUGUUAUGGGGUAAAUACUGGAAAUGCAAAAGGCUGCUCUUUCAUUGUGACAAUGAAGCGACUGUUAACAUCCUCAAUAAAGGAAGAUCAAAAUGUAUGGACAUUAUGAAGUUAAUGAGAAAGUUAACAUGGGUAGCUGCCACCAAUAACUUCACCUUCAGGUCCUUGCACAUUCCCGGCAAGCGAAAUAUAAUAGCCGAUUCUCUUUCUCGCUUUCAGAUGGCCCGCUUUCGAGCCGCGGCGCCACAAGCCAAACAGAACCCAGAGGAAUGCCCGGGAAUGUCGCAGGUGAUGUGGGGUUGAAGUCGUUGGUGGAAAACAUGUGGGAAUCUUCAGUUAGUGGAAACACCCUGAAAGUGUACAGCACGGGAAUGGACUGCUACAAACAAUUUUUACGCAGCCAAGCUGUUGUGUAUGUUGGUGGCAGUCCACCACCAGUGACAAAUGAUUUACUUAUCAAUUUUAUUGCUUACUGUUAUCAUUUUUUAAAACUUAAGUAUCAAACUAUCAAGUUAUAUCUAUGUGGCAUUCGUUUCUUUUAUAUUAGACAUGGAAAAGAUUCACCUUUAGAGUCAAAAUUAACAAACGCUAAGGUAUACACAUUCCUUAAUUCAGUAAAAAGAUUGCAAAAUAAAGAAAAACGGGAAAGGCUCCCGAUAGAUAUUGUUUUAUUAAAAAAGAUAGUUCAAAAAUUGAAAGAAGGUUGUUUCGGAUUGUAUGAAGACAUUUUAAUGUCAUGUUGUUGUAGUGUUGCAUUUUUUGCCUUUUUAAGAUGCGGAGAAUUUACAGUGAAUGAGAAAGCGCCAAUCAAUUACAGCACACUCAGAUUAGAAGACAUUAAGGUUAACGAAGAAUUUAUCAUUUUACAUCUAAACCAGUCAAAAUCUGAUCCUUUUAGAAAAGGUAUAGAAAUUUUUGUAUAUGCCACACACAACCAAGUCUGCCCUGUAGCAGCACUCAAAAAAUAUCUGAAGUACAGGGGACAUUCUAACUCAGAUGCCCUCUUCAUCAUGCAAAAUGGAUCACCAUUGACCAGAACAAAAUUCAUAAGUAACUUAAAACAUGUUCUCAGAAGUAUUGGUAUGGACGAUUCUAAGUAUAAUGGUCAUAGCUUUAGAAUUGGUGCGGCUACAACUUGCGCAAAAUUGAGGAUCGAAGAUCAUUUAAUUAAAACACUCGGUCGUUGGUCAUCAGAUUGUUACACAACUUACAUUCACACCGAUAAAACUACUAUUCAACACGCACAAAAGGCCAUGUCAAAUUUAUAUUAGGUAAAUUAAAGCAUAACAUAGUUUGCUUGCGUACUUCACGUUUCGAAGUUGAAUUUACCUUCUCGAAUGUCAUUGACACACUUGUAGAAACGCGUGUUGCAUUAGCUGCAUUUGCAUUUUCUUGUAAAUAUGUACAGUGAACCAGCUUUGUUUCCCAUAUGUGUUAAUUUCAAAUACUGUACUCGUAUAUAGACUGAUGUUUUCCCCUACACUAUGUUUUUUAUUAUGAUUAUUACUCAAUUGUUUGUUUCAAAUGUUUUUGUAAGCCUACUUGAUGCUGUUGAAUUAUAUUUGUAUAUGUACUUUGUACCAAGCCUGCUACCGUAGGCUCAUCACUCAUCGCCUGCUAUCGUAGGCUCAUCACUCACCGCCUGCUAUCGUAGGCCCACCACUCGCCGCCUGCUAUCGUAGGCCCAUCACUCACAGCCUGCUAUCGUAGGCCCGUCACUCACCGCCUGCUAUCGUAGGCCCAUCACUCAUCGCCUGCUAUCGUAGGCCCAUCACUCACCGCCUGCUAUCGUAGGCUCAUCACUCACCGCCUGCUAUCGUAGGCCCAUCAUCACAGCCUGCUAUCGUAGGCCCGUCACUCACCGCCUGCUAUCGUAGGCCCAUCACUCAUCGCCUGCUAUCGUAGGUCCGCCACCGCCUGCUAUCGUAGGCCCAUCAUUCACAGCCUGCUAUCGUAGGCCCAUCACUCACCGCCUGCUAUCGUAGGCCCAUCACUCACCGCCUGCUAUCGUAGGCUCAUCACUCACCGCCUGCUAUCGUAGGCCCAUCACUCACCGCCUGCUAUCGUAGGCUCAUCACUCACCGCCUGCUAUCGUAGGCCCAUCACUCACCGCCUGCCAUCCUAGGUAGCACUCACAAUUGCUUUAUCAGUCAUUCUCUCAUAUGUACCAAUAGUUGCAAUGUUUGUGUUUAUUUUGUUGAAAAUAUGUACAGUGAUUCUUUUUGUUUAGUAUACACAGUGUCGUACUCAAAUAUAGAGUACUGUUAUUUACUUUGUUACUCACUUGUUCCUUAAAAUGUUUUAUGCAAGUCUACUUGCAAAACGCAUGUGUCUAUGUAUUUCGUUCCAAGCCUGCUAUCGUAGGCAAUUUCACUCCCAGAUUAUUUUGCUGUUGUUGUUUUUGAUGCACAUCACUCAGCUACUUGGCCAUGCCAUGAAUUAGCAAGUUUAAAAAGUUAUUUAAAACUGAUAUGUUACGUACUAUAGAUUCACACAGUCUUAUACAUAGAAAUUAACAAAUUGUCUUCACGUUGUGCACAGCUGUAUCAUAUAAAAAUAUUAUUAUUGUGUCUCGCUUAAUAUGUAUUGCUCUUCAAGGAUUCUUCUUUCUUGGCCACAAAACAAUUUAUUAUGUCAAAUGCGCUUUCCAUCAUCCCUUGUUUCUUAUGGGGAUUGGGCUCAUAAGCCAAUACCAAGAAAGAAGAUGGCAUACUGGCUUGAAUCAUACCAGACUUAUUUUUGCAAUACUUGUAUCAUGUUUUUUCUAGUCUUUACCUAGUCAUUGUUUAAGUCUGAUGUUCUUAGCCAGUUAUGCCAUAAAAUAAAAUCCUAAACCUUUUAUGCCUUGUCUGAUUUUAAUUGAGUAUAAAUUGAAGUUUACGUAGUAAACGCAGUUUAUGCAAAAUUAGAAAUCCCAUUCUACUUUCGCUUUAGUAUUUACAUUCCGCACUUCCGGUAUUUUCUUUAUCACGUGACCAAAUCAGCAUCCCGAUUCCGAAAAGUCGAACCCGUACCGCAUCAGCAGCUAAUUAAUAUUCAUGCGCCUUCUGUUUACAAACAAGAUAACUGAUCGAUUGACAACAUUAUCCACCAUCCGUCCCCGCCUCGCACCUUGAAGAGCAAUGCCUUCUGGUUAAGGACUCUGCCAGUAUGCCUUGUUUGUGGGGGAUUGGGCUCAUAAGCCAAUACCAAGAAAGAAGAUGGCAUACUGGCUUGAAUCAUACCAGACUUAUUUUUGCAAUACUUGUAUCAUGUUUUUUCUAGUCUUUACCUAGUCAUUGUUUAAGUCUGAUGUUCUUAGCCAGUUAUGCCAUAAAAUAAAAUCCUAAACCUUU